AUGAUUGAUGAAGUAACAUCAGUUGGACUCCAUGUUGCAACUGUUGUUUCUGACUUGGGCUCCAAUUUCCAAAAGAUGAUUAAAAGCCUUGGUGUUACACCAACACAACCAUGGUUUUGGCACAAAGGUAGAAUGAUCUUCUAUCUAUUUGAUGCACCACACAUAAUAAAGGCUUGAUGAAAUAUAACUUUCAUUUUGAUGAAAAAUUGGCUUCUUGGGAUCACACACAAGUAGCGUACAACAGAGAUCAACUACAACCCAUAUGCUGUUGUCCCAAGCUCACACAAAGGCAUUUAAAUCCUAACGGAUGUGAGAAAAUGAAAGUCAAGUAUGCCACACAAGUCCUCAGCCAUACAGUUACAUCAAUGCUUCUAACAUAUGUGUCCCUUGGUGCUUUAUCACCAGUUGCUUCUGGAACAUCUGAAUGGACCAUUUGCAUUAUAAACUAAAUUUUGAUAUAAACAAGUCUAGACAAAAAUUUCAUCACAGCUUGAAAGAGCAUCACAAAAUUAGUAAUAUUCCAAAGUUUCGUUGCGAAAUGUUGUAAAAUGCGGAUAAUAUAGCCUUGCGAAGUUUGCCGUUUUUCAGUCAUUUUGUAUUACGCACGGGAAAUUGACAGCCCAAUCGGGGGGUGUUGGGGCAUCAAUUUCCCGUUUGUAAUACAAAAUGACUGAAAAUUGCAAAUUUCGCACGGCUAUAUUAUCCGCAUUUUACAACAUUUUGCAACGAAACUUUGGAAUAUUACUAAUUUUCUGAUACUCUUUCAAGCUAUGAUGAAAUUUUUGUCUGGAUCAAAAUUUAGUCUAUAAUGCAAAUGGUCCAUUGCUUUCAAACUUUGACAAUAUUUUUGACAGUCUAAACAGCUUGUCACUCUCUAGCACAAAGCUAUACAAGCAAGCUGUAUCAAAUGAUUCCCCAGCUAUACAAGCAAGAUAUAUCAAAAGUUCACCACACCCAGAAUUCUUGGUACAUAUGCUAAAGUUUGUUAAAUCCAUAAAGGUGGUUAAUGUAAUGAGGCCUGAUGGAAAUAUUUAGACAAAUGAGCAAACAAUCUGAAUAAUAAUGACAACAAAAAAUUGUUUUGGAAUUACGCUGCAUCAAAACGCAAAGGAACUAAUGACCUACUUUCUCUAAAAGUAAAUGGAAACGAGGUUAUUACCAAUGGUCUGGAUAUUGUACAAAUAAUAAUUAUUAUGCAUCAGUGUUUACGGAUGAGGACCGACAAAAUUUACCUUCGUUUGAGAGGGUUAUUAAUGAUCCUGAACUUGCAUCAUUACAAUGUUCCCCAGAGGAAGUCUCUAGUUUGUUGUCCGAACUAAUGCAAAACAAAUCACUGGGUCCAGACCAAAUUCACCCCAUGAUAUUAAAGAAAUGUUCUCAUUCGCUAUGCAAGUUAUUUAAUAUGUCAUUUGCGCUGGGUAUUGUACCAGAUCAGUGGAAGUUGGCUGAUAUCAUACCUUUGCACAAAAAAGGCCCGAAGGACUACCGAGAGAAGUAUCGGCCAGUGUCACUCACGCCUAUCGUUAGCAAGAUAUGUGAGAAAAUA